AGCAGUGUAGCUUCCUUUUGAGUGAUAUGAUGUGAGAACUUCUCUUCGCUUCUCUGGUUUCUUGUUCCUUUUCGUUCCUCCUGAGUAAAUUUUUCAAGUCAGUGAACGUUUCUUAAAUUUUCUUGCGAAACUACGAUGUCGUUUGACGAUGAAGAGUCAUCCGAGCACACGCUCCUCGUAGUCCGCGAAGUCUCCGUGUACAAAAUCCCCCCGCGUAGUACCUCUGGCGGCUACAAAUGCAGCGAGUGGUUACAGUCCGACAAGAUCUGGUCGGGUCGGCUCCGAGUCGUCUCCUGCAAGGACCGCUGCGAGAUCCUCUUAGAGGAUCCCAACUCCGGCGAGCUUUUUGCUGCUUGUUACGUCCAUCCGGGCCAGCGCGAGACGUCCGUAGAGACUGUCCUCGACUCCUCCCGGUAUUUCGUGCUUAUGAUCGAGGAUGGAACGGGGAAACACGCGUUCAUUGGGUUGGGUUUUAACGAGAGGAACGAAGCGUUUGAUUUUAACGUGGCGUUAUCGGAUCACGAGAAAUACGUGAGACGAGAAAUCGAGAAAGAGAAUGGUGAGACGAGUGAGAGCGAUGGUCAUAUUGAUAUUCAUCCCGCUGUUAAUCAUAGAUUGAAGGAAGGUGAGACUAUCCGGAUCAAUGUGAAGCCCAAACCAACUAGCGGAACUGGUAUGCUUUCAGCCGCUGGGUUAAAAGGAGGGCCUUCUGCUCCAGGAAAGCCAAAGCCUAAAAUUGUAGGGCUUGCCCCGCCACCUGAGACUGGGAAAAUUAGGUCUCCUCUUCCUCCACCUCCUAAUGAUCCUGCUGCUGCUCAGAUGAACUCUGCUAGUCCAAAAGUUGGCAUCUGGGCACCAAAAGAAACCACAGGACAUUCUACUAUGGAUGCUUUUUCAGAUCUUUCUCAAAUUGAGGUAUGCAAUUUGUUGGUAGUAUUAUACCCUGGGCUUAUCAAGGAAGGUGACAGAAUUUUGAGACAUUCUGAGCAAUCUCCCCUCAUCUAUGACAUCAGGAUCAAGCAAGACUACUACCGCAUCAGGGUGGGCAGCUUUCUGAUUCUAUGCCCCUGCUGCAAAGCCGCCCAACUUGCUUGUUUUGCUGCUAGAUGAGUCAUCUGAGGGCUUAAUCAACUGACGGUUAACAGUUGAACCAAAUUUCUGGCGAACAGAUGAUGGUGCACCAGCAAUUCCAGAUUUCCCCGUCCAUGUCGGGACAGAUAUGUUGUCACAACUUCGAAGCAUUCUGGACUGGCGCAAAGCUUCUGCUGCUCUUUGUGCAACUUGAGAAGCUUGCUCCUGCAGCCUCAUCUUCUCUUCAUCAUGGGCAUUCAUGAUUAUGUCAUGGUUCACAGCACUCUGGAGAUUCAAAAGGGAAAGAGAAACAAAAUCACAUGAUGGCAAGGAAAACCAAGUGAAAGAAAAGAAAACAAUAUAUGCAAUAGGUACAGUAAUGGAGAUCACUGAGGGUGCGAUGGUGUUUUACCAUCAUUUUUUUUAAGUUCUUUGUGCUGAAUGCCUUUUACAAUGUGGAAAAAGUUGUUAAAUAUCUUUUGUACGAACAGUUGAGAGGGAAGACUCUUCUAACACA